UGUGUAAAAGAGAAAAGGCGGCACCUCAGGCAAAAAUAUUUUACUUGUGUAAUGUUUUUCAUACCAUAUGUAAUUUCCAUUGCAAAUAUUAAUCACAGUUCAAUUAAGGGGGAUGGCAGUAAAAACUAAGCUAAGCUAUGACAUCAUCAAGUACACUUCCGUUCAUAUUGUAGAACCACCGCGCUGCGUUCUCCUAAAGACUCUUGUGAAGACGUUUGAAAGAAGUACGGACUUGUGGCCACCGGAGAUGUGUUGGGCGCGUCGACAGAAUUCUUCGUUCGGUCUUUGACCUCUGCGGGAGACUGAUGCACAGGAAGCGGACAGACGAAGACUUCUAUCUUCACUUUUGAUCAUGAAAAUGUGGAUUUUUGCUUUUCUGGCCGCUCUCGCGGUCGGAGCCUCAGCUCAGAGCUUGGUCCCCAAGUGCUUCUUGAUGAAAGCUGAAAUGUACAGAGCUAGAAAGGGUAUGAGCACUCGCACAUUUGCAGGACAGCCAGAUGAGACUGCCAUUGUGGACAACGAUGGCAUCUAUGACCCCGAGUGUGAGAGUAACGGCAAAUUCAAGGCCAAGCAGUGCAACGGCACAGAUGUGUGCUGGUGCGUCAACAGCGCUGGAGUUCGUCGGACUGACAAGGGAGACCAGAACCUCAAGUGUGAGAAACUGGUGGAGACCUACUGGGUCCGUCUUCAGCUGACACACAAGCAGGGGCCCACCGUGACUAAAGACAAGUUGAAGACUGCCAUUGCAACUGAACUUAACAAGCGUUACCAAAUGAACCCCAGCCUGGUGAAGGACGUUCAGUAUGACCCAGACACCCGCAUGAUUGUGGUUGAUGUGAAUAAGGAGAAAGGAGACCGCACAUAUGACCUGUCCACAAUGGCCUACUACAUGGAGAAAGACGUGAAGGUGCUGCCACUGUUUACUGACCAGAGCAGACGCUUUACUCCUUCUGUGGAUGGGCAGAACCUGGAGAUGGAGAAGAUCAUCGUGUACUAUGUGGACGAGGAGCCCCCGAGUCUUCGUGCGAGGAGCCCCCGACUCUUCGUCCAUCUCAUCCUCCUUUUCCAAUGUUUUUUACAUUUUUAAAAGAAAUUUUGAAAAACUUUAAAAAAAAAAAAAAAGAAAAAAAAAAGUCCCUUACCAUCUACAGCUCCACAUUGACUGGUUCCAGCUGGAGGACCCGCUCAGCUGGGUGAGAGGAUGGAGCGCCGCGGUGAGAGAGGUUCUUGUUUUUCUCCCAACAUCCAAGCAGUACGCCUGUGACAGCCACUUCAGUGACUUUGUGACAGUUGAAGUGGAGUGGGUAGGGGUGAGCUGCUGUUUCUUUUGAUCCCCUGUUUUCUCCUGUUUUGAGUAAGCUAAGGAGGUCAGACUCUAUCUGUGUUUUUGACUCUUGUUGUGGUAAGGUUAGGUGUGUGGGAAUCAGUUUAGAUUCGUUUUGUUUAUUAUUUUGGCCUUAGCUCACCCCGACGUGUUGACACUCCCGUUUUGUUGUAUCUUUUUUAUCACUUUGUAAAUAAAUCACCUUUUAACAAA